CAAUUGAAGAUUACGAAGAAGAAAAUUAUAUAGCUUCAUAUCGUUCAUUUUUCUAUGUUGUCAGCAAUUCUAACUCAACUCUAUCAAAUGAUGCAAAAUUUUGGUUAAUAAAGCAUCUAGAAUUUGGUUAUGAUACUAGUAAAAAUGAAAAGAAAGUCUCGAAUACUAUUCACAAUACUGAUAAAGAUGAAAGUAAAGUUCGUCAACUUGAUAUUUCAAAACUAUUAAGUAAUUAG